AUGGCGGAGCUGGUGGUCACCAUGGCGAUCCGCCCGCUGGUGUCCAUGCUGAGGGACAAGGCGUCCAGCUACAUCCUCGAUGAGUACAAUGUGAUGGAGGGAAUGGAGAAGCAACAUAGGAUUCUGAAACGCAGGCUUCCUAUCAUCCUGGACGUCAUCACCGACGCCGAGGAGCAGGCCGCAGCACACAGAGAAGGAGCUAAAGCUUGGCUCCAGGAGCUCAAGACAGUGGCCUAUGAGGCAAAUGAAGUCUUUGACGAGUUCAGGUAUGAAGCGCUCCGCCGUGAAGCAAAGAAGAAUGGACACUACAAAAAGCUUGGCUUUGAUGUUAUAAAACUCUUCCCUACCCACAACCGUGUCGUGUUCCGUCACAGAAUGGGUAGCAAGCUUUGCAGGAUUCUAAAAGAUAUCAAUGUCCUAAUAGCAGAGAUGCAUGACUUUGGGUUGAGGCAGACAUUAUUGGUGUCCAAUCAGUUGAGGCAGACACUAGUGGCCAAGGAGUGGAGGCAGACAGAUUAUGUCAUCAUCGACACACAAGAAAUUGCCAGCAGAUCCAGACACGAAGAUAAGAAUAAUAUCAUCGACAUACUACUUGGUGAAGCUAGCAAUGCAGAUCUCGCAGUAGUUCCCAUUGUUGGAAUGGGGGGCCUUGGCAAGACCACAUUGGCGCAAUUCAUAUACAAUGGACCUAAAAUUCAGAAGCAUUUUCCGUUGCAGCUCUGGGUCUGCGUCUCUGAUACCUUCGAUGUGAAUUUGGUGGCUAAGAGUAUAGUUAAAGCAUCCCCCAAGAAAAAUGAUGAUACGGACAAACCAGCACCGGAUAGACUUCAAAAAUUGGUCAGCGGGCAGAGGUAUCUCCUUGUAUUGGAUGAUGUCUGGAACAGAGAGGUCCAUAAGUGGGAAAGGCUGAAGGUCUGUCUGAAGCAUGGUGGCAUGGGUAGUGCAAUGUUGACAACAACCCAUGAUAAACAAGUUGCUGAGAUUAUGGGUGCAGAUAGAACCUACAAUCUCAAUGUUUUGAAGGAUAACUUCAUCAAGGAAAUUAUUGAUACUAGAGCAUUCAGUUCAGAGAUUGAAAAGCCUCCUGAGCUACUCGAGAUGGUUGGUGAGAUUGUGAAGAGAUGUCGUGCCUCUCCUUUAGCUGCAACUGCACUGGGAUCUGUACUUCGUACCAAGACUAGCGUGGCAGAAUGGAAGGCUAUAUCAUCUAGAAGCAGUAUUUGCACUGAGGAAACAGGAAUUUUGCCAAUACUCAAGCUUAGCUAG